AUGUCCACCAAGCUCUUCGCCUUCACGUCCCUCCUCGCCCUCGCGGCAUCCCGCCCUACAAUUUCAACACGCCGCGCAGAGUCCUCCGAAUGCUGGCAAACCAAUCCCGGCACCGUCUUCUACAGCUGCUCCAACGGCUACAAGGGCUGCUUCUACCAAGACCCCUGCAGCCUCCCACCGCUCUCUUCCACCGGCCCCACCCCUACCACGCCUCCUCCCACAACCUCCUCGGAGACCCCGGUCGAAAUCCACGAACUCACCAAACCCCGCUCCUUCAACAUCUAUGUCCUCAGCGAAGCCCAGCACAACGUCCAAGACCAGGUCGGCCAUGUUGACCUGAACAAGCCUGAGGGCAGUGCGAUCACAACUACGAAUGCACUCGUCUUUGACAACGUUCCCGCCGGUGCAAAAAACUGCAAGCUGAACUGGCGCAGCACUGCGCCCAACGAUGAAAACAACUUUACCGUCAAGGGCUCCGGCCAAGCCUACACCCGCCAACUUACCGGUUUUCCUUCCAAGACUGAAAUUGUGAGCUACGAUGGGCUGAAGAAGUACCAAGACCCGAGCGCGGAGUGGAGCCCGAGUCUGGACUUUACCGGAUGGACAGAGCAGCCUACCAGCCACGGAGGGCCAAGCCUCGAGUGCGGAAGCCAGGUUGCGUUGGAGAUCAAGGGCAGCGAUGUGGGCGAGGGGGAGAACAGGGUGUUUAUUACCUUGACGGAGACGAAUGGGUUCUAUCUGACGUACGAGUUGUAG